AGUUUUAUUAAAACCCUUACGAGGUUUAUUACCUUUCAUGGGCAUAUAAAUACAUCAAGAAAUUUAUUCAAAUGCAUCAGAAACAAUUCUGCACUUCGUUUAGCAGCAUCUAAGCUUAGAUAUCCUAUAUUCAUUCUCAAAUCAUCAUGAAAUUUCUUAGUGCUUGUAUUUUCAUUCUGCUGAUUGGUGCUGUUAUCUGUACAGCUGCAAUCCCUGAAGGAGAUUCCAAAAAGACAGAAAAGCGGGGCAUAUACGGAGGAUUUGGAUACGGUGGAUUUGGCGGAUUCGGACAUGGAUACGGCGGAUAUGGUCAUGGAUUUGGCUAUCCAGGCCAUUUCCAUGGACCAUCCUACUAUGGUCACGGAUAUGGAGGCUUUCCUCAUGGAUUUGGCGGUUAUGGAGGAUACCAUCACUUCCAUUAAAAUACAAGCUUAAGAAAAAGUAGUGUGUGUAAAUAAUAGAUAUAUUUAUGUGUAUUUUUUUUUAA